AUGGAGGUUUUUAAGCAACUGGAUCCAUCUUGUGGGGUUUUAACCCCUGUUUCGUCAACUGUUACAUCAACAGCUGAAACACCUAAAAUGACUGAUCUCGGCUUUGAUGAGAAUUCCGAUUUUGGAAUUCGCUUCUUCGAAUCUCCAGCCAUAAAAAAAGAAGGCUAUGAGGAUAAACACCCGAGUUAUUAUGAACCUCCGGCAUCCAUGCCAGCUGAGUCGGGAUUUGGAGCUAAAGACUAUACUGAGUUGCCUCCUUAUCCUAAUCCUGAAUCUGCCAUCGGCACUGGCUUACUGGAGAGCUCAUCUGUGGGGUGCAGUACCCUUGGAUUGGACCCCAGUCCUCCCACCGCGAGUGUUUUGUAUGAACAGAAACCCCCUUUGCCUGAAAGUUCAAGUAUUGCCACUCUCUCCAAGCUUCCCCAUGGAAAGACUUCAAAUAAAUAUGGCGGUUCUGAUCAAAACUUAGCCAUCGCUGAUUCCAACAGCAGUACUCCUACAAAAUCAUUCGUUCCCUGUAAGGUAUGUGGAGAUAAGGCUUCUGGGUACCAUUAUGGUGUGACGUCAUGCGAGGGCUGUAAGGGAUUUUUCAGAAGAAGCAUACAGAAACAGAUCGAAUACCGGUGUCUCCGAGACGGCAAAUGCUUAGUUAUUCGUCUAAACCGCAAUCGUUGUCAGUAUUGCCGCUUUAAAAAGUGUCUCGCCGUGGGAAUGUCCAGAGACUCUGUUCGGUAUGGUCGAGUACCAAAAAGGUCAAGAGAACGAAAUGACGAUGGCCGAGUUACUCAGGCAGAAGCUGAUCAGUCAGCGAGAGAACUAGAGAACAAACAACUGGCCAUGUACGAUAUCAUUCUGACUAUAUCUCAAGCCCACCACGCCAACUGUGCCUACACAGAAGAAAAGACAAGAUGCUUAGCCCGAAAACCAGCAAUAUUUCAGAGUUUAAACGAAGUUCAACCGGCCACAUCUGAUGACAAUGGAAGCGGACAGAUUACUGCUGACAGCUUGGAACAUCAGAAGAUUGUUAUGUGGCAGCAUUUUGCUGUACUGGUCACUCCGUCCAUCCAAAGGGUGGUGGAAUUUGCAAAGCGUGUCCCCGGAUUCUUAGAGUUAACUCAAGAUGAUCAGCUUAUCCUUAUCAAGUUAGGUUUUUUUGAAGUCUGGCUUGUCCACAUUGCCAGAAUGAUCAACACGUUAGAAAACAGUGUAACGUUCAGCGACGGAAGUUAUGUCUCCAGGCAGCAAAUGGAGCUGAUGUUUGAUAACGAAUUUGUGUCUUCUAUGUUUAACUUUGUUGUGACCUUCAACAACUUCCAGUUGAAUGACACAGAGAUUGGGUUAUUUUCAGCAGUAGUGCUGCUGACAUCAGAGAGGUUGGGCAUUUAUGACAACAAGAGUAUAGAUCAGCAACAGGAGAAGCUGAUGGAAGCUUUGAAACUCCAGAUUGGUCGCAACCAUCCUAGUGAACAACAUCUCUUUCCCUCCUUGAUGAUUAAGUUACCAGAGCUCCGUGCUCUUGGUGGGAAACAUAUGGAACACUUACAGUGGUUUCGAGCUAACUGGGCAAGGCUUAAGCUCCCUCCUCUUUUUGCUGAGAUUUUUGAUAUACCAAAAUGUGAGGAAGAUUUAGUACAAUGAUGACGUUGUAGAUUCAAAAAGAAGUAUAGUAGACCAUGCCAGUCUGUCGUCCACUCGUGUUAAUCACAUGGCAGGUCCAGUUGUUCCCAGCCACCAGCAAGACACUCACUGCCCCAUUCCCAGCAUUCCAGAUUCUAGAAUAGCCACAAGAGAGACAGGAAGAACCCCGGGACCAGGAGAUCAUUGGAAUUUAUUGUGUUCAUAAAACUCGACUGCAAGAUUCAUCUGUGUAGAGAAAGAUAUACUAUGUGCAGUUUGAUCAGUCACUCAGUGAUUUCCUAUGACCAUAAAGUGUUAACUGAUGUGUGGAGACUCCUUUUAUACCAUAUUUGUUUUAUUGUGUAUGUUAAGGUUUCACUCAGUCCACAAUCAAAUAUGGUAGCUGUGUACUGCACCUUCUCUCAAGCUUGACUUUUGUAAUUUUAGGUAAUCAAUAGUAUUGUUCAUUUCAUCAGUAAGCACUAAAGUUAAUUCCACAUCUUCCAUAAACCUGUAAUUUUUUGUUUUAGUUAAACAGUGGUUUUGUUUAUAUAACCACUGAAUACUGUAAUUACUUUGUACCUUCUACCAAGUUGCGAGUUGUUUUUGUCAAACAGCCAAAAGGUGAACUUUGUUCUAUGUACCUCUAUAUAAGGGGUUGUUUUCUGUGUAAUACAUGUAGACUGUAGUUUUCUUCUUUUUUUUUUUAACUCCAUUGUGAGAUCCCUAUUGUUGCAGUUUUCACUGCCACAGUUACACUGAGGCAAGUCCUCAAAACAAUAAAGAAUGAAAAAUAUUGUAAACCAUUGAAGAGAUCUAUCCUAUAUUAA